AGGAACUUGACUUCUCCGUAAGAGCUAGAAACGUUCUUUGUAGAGACAGAGGAAGUCUGUGGCCUGUUUUGCAACUGACGUUCUGCCUGAGCGUGUGACUUUCAUAACAGUUGAAUUGUCGGUGUCUCUCUGUUAGUCGACGAGCUGAAGUUUGACAGAUCAACAUCGCGCUGAGCGCUGCCAUUCGCUACCAUGGAAUCUUCUCAGGAUAUACGACUUUAGAGAAAACAGAAAUGGGAAACACCAUUAAAAACAAUCCUCCGCCAGCAAAAAUUACUCAAUCGGAAACAGGAACCGAAAGUGAUUUUCUGGCUGUUCUUUAUGACUAUCCUCCACCGGAUGUGAGCGAGCCAAUCUUCUACUUUGGAGAAAAGCUGAGGGUCAUCUCAGAUGAGGGAGGAUGGUGGAGAGUGGUAUCCCUAAAGUCCGGUCGUGAAAACUAUAUACCUGCAAAAUGUGUGGCUAAGGUCUACCAUGGGUGGCUGUUCGAUGGAGUGGGCAGGGAGAAAUCAGAACAACUACUACAGCUGCCAGAAGUGAAGAGCGGCUCAUUCAUGAUCAGGCAAAGUGAAACGAAAAAAGGAACUUAUUCCUUAUCUGUCAAGCACAGACAGGUUAAACAUUAUAGAAUUUUCCGCUUACCGAAUAAUUGGUAUUAUAUUUCGCCAAGAUUGACCUUCCAAUGCUUGGAGCACCUUGUCAACCACUAUUCAGAAAAUGCAGAUGGGCUCUGUUGUGUUCUCACCACCCCAUGCCUCACCCAGCAGUCGGUAAACCUCACAGAGAUCUUUGGCAGACAAGAAAUGCCCGUCAUGCGGAGAAAGAAGCCCUUCAACUGGAAGAGUAUGAAAAAAGUUUCACUAACCGCAGAAGAACCAGACCAUUCUUCAGAAACGGAUGACUCUUUUCUCAGCUACGGUCUUCGCCAAAGCAUAGCCUCCUAUUUGUCAUUGGCUGAAGACGAGGAAAGUUAUUCCCUCCCAAGCAAUGAACAGAACAAGAAACCAAACAGGAGAAGUUGUGUCUUAUCCUCUGUCAACACCAGAAGUAACUUUAUGUCCAACAGAGCAAGUUACACCGAGGGCUACAGAUAAGGGGAGCGGGACUCUUCAUUAUAAACUGGACCUCUACUUUCAUGCAACCCAAGAUCCACAAGACCCACGAUUUUCGUUAAAAACUUGACUUCAAACAGUUCAAAGCCUACAAGAAGGCACAUCCUAUAUAUUUUUGGCUUCUUGCUACUCAAGACCUAUGAAAAGGACUCUUCGUUAUGAACUUCACUUCUACUUUUAGGCAAUACAAGACCUACAAGAAGGACUAUUCAUUGUAAAUGUACUUCUGGAUUCAUGCAACCCAAGACCUGUGAGUUGAAAUAUAUCUGUGUAACUUUAUGUCCAACAGAGCAAGUUACACUGAGGGCUACAGAUAAGGGGAGCAGGACUCUUCGUUAUCAACUGGAUUUCUACUUUUAUGUAACCCAAGAUCCACAAAACCAACAUUUUUCAUUAAAAACUUGUCUUCGUACAAUUCAAGGCCUAUCCAAUAUAUUUUUGACUUCAUACAACUCAAGGCCUAUGAGAAGGACUCUUCCUCAUAAGUUUCACUUCUACUUUCAUGUAUUCCAAGACCUACAAGAAGGCCUAUUCAUUAUACAUUGACUUCUGCUUUCAUGCAACCCAAGACCUGUGAGUCGAAAUAUAUUCGUGGAACUUGUUGCACAUCUCAGAAAUAUUAUUUAUUAUAUGGCAAAAACUUUUUAGGCCACACGUUUCUUCACCAAUUUACACUUUUGGAGUUUUUAAAAAACUUUUACAGAGACUCUUCUGCAAUUGAGAGUAAAACUGUGAUACACUGAGUAUUAGGAAACAAGUUUCCAGUUUUAAGACAUACUUAUAUAUGACUCCAGAAUUAAGCGUUAUUAUUUGUAUACUAUGACUCACUUUACAAUUAUUAGUAUUCAUUUGA